UAUCUAGGUUUUGUAGAUUCACUUGCCUUAAGGCUCUUUUAAAAUUUCAGACAAAAAAAUAAAAAGGGCUCUUUUAAAUGCACUUUACUUAAAGUUCAUAUCUUCAGGGGGCAACAGGAGGAGGACGAGGAAUAGGGAGGCUUCAGGUGUUCUUGUUUAGCGGGCGUGAUUGUUCCUUUCAGAUUUUUGUUUUUUCUAGUUGGCUUGAGAAAAUGAAUAUAUCUGAUGAGAACAAUCCUAACAUUGUCAAACCCACAAGUUUUCAAGGAGGGCUUGAGAUGGGUAGCAGAAAGUUUGGGCAGGAGAUUAGGCACAACAGAAGAGUUUUAAAUGUGUUAAAUCAGAAUUUUAUUGGAGCAAAAGCAUAUCCUUGUGCUGUUAACAAGAGAGGGUUGUCAGAAAAUCAUGGAGUCUCCGAAAGAAACCCACUUCAUCCUUCACAUCGACCGAUUACAAGGAAGUUUGCUGCACAAUUGUCAAGUACACAUCAGCACUGUCCACAGGAGGCUAAGAAGCAGAAAAGCACAAAUAAAUUUGGAGACUGCAUAUUCAUAGAUGUCGAAGAAAAUAUGGCACCUGCAGACCACCCAGUACCAAUGUUUUUAGAACAAACAGAAGCUAUCCUUGAUGAAAUGGAUCGGAUGGAGGAGGUUGAAAUGGAGGACAUAAUUGAAGAACCCAUUUUGGAUAUCGAUGGCUGUGAUGUAAAGAAUCCACUUGCAGCUGUUGAUUAUGUUGAAGACAUGUAUGCCUACUACAGAAAAAUGGAGAGUUUUAGCUGUGUUUCCCCAAACUAUAUGGCACAGCAAAUUGACAUUAAUGAGAAGAUGAGAGCUAUACUCAUUGACUGGCUUAUUGAGGUGCAUGACAAGUUUGAACUCAUGAAAGAAACAUUAUUUCUUACGAUUAAUCUUAUCGAUAGGUUUCUAUCACAGCAAACGGUGGUAAGAAAGAAGCUUCAAUUGGUUGGAUUGGUUGCUAUGCUCUUAGCAUGCAAGUAUGAGGAGGUUUCUGUUCCAGUAGUGGGAGAUCUAAUUCUUAUAUCAGAUAAAGCCUACACUAGGAAAGAUGUUCUUGAAAUGGAAAAUUUGAUGCUGAACAGAUUACAGUUUAAUAUGUCACUACCAACGCCAUAUGUUUUCAUGCAAAGGUUCCUCAAGGCUGCUCAAUGUGAUAAGAAGGUUGAGCUACUGUCCUUCUUUUUGAUUGAGCUUUCUAUCGUGGAGUAUGAAAUGCUCAAGUUCCCGCCAUCUCUAUUGGCGGCCACGGCAAUCUAUACUGCACAGUGCACUAUCUAUGGAUUCAAGCAGUGGAGUAGGAUCAGUAAGUGGCACAGCAACUAUUCGGAAGAUCAACUUUUAGAAUGUUCCAGACUAAUGGUUGGUUUCCACCAGAGGGCAGGGACAGGGAAACUAACUGCAGUACACAGGAAAUACAAUACAUCCAAGUUUGACUAUACUUCAAAAUGUGAACCAGCACAUUUUUUGUUAGAGGCUAAAAAAUAGCAGGGAAAUGUGUACAGCUACUGACUAUUACUUGAUUGGGGUUGAUGGAUUUAUGCGCAAUAAUCAGCAACUUUGGUUGCGACUUGGGAAUUGAUAUUGUGAAUUGUUUAAUACCUUACAAGCCAUGGUUGAGAUCCUAUGUUCUGUUCCAUUUUAACACAUUUCCUCACUGUAAUCUUUUUCCCUAUUCAAUUGAAAUCAAUAAUUUCACGACA